UAUCAAUGAAGAGGAAGAAGAAGAAGAAGAAGAAGAUCAAAGGUAACAUUCAGUGAGGAUCAUUUACAAUUGAUGAGUAUCCAUGACAUUAUGACUAUAAAUAGAUCAUUAUUAUCUUGAUUGUUAUUAUUAUUACCAAGAUUAUAAGUACUAGAAGUACUUGAAAAAAAGGAGAUCAUAAAUGAAUUUAAUUUCAAUAUUUUCUUACAUAAUUGAUCAUUAUUAAUCAAUAAAUAAAAAAUAUGUAUUUCAAUUUCUUUAUUAAUCUCUUAUUUACAUGGAAGUAUAUAACAUGUAUCAUAUAUGAUUACCAAAGAUAUCCAUUUUCAAUUGAUGAUCAUGAUAAUGAUGAUGAUGAAUUUCAAAAUGAGUUAAUUCGACAAAACGAUUUCUUUAUUGGAUUUAAUGAAUCCUGGCCAUUAAGAAAUGUGAACGAGUAUUUAGGGGUGGUAUCCUCUAUUAAAGCAACAGAUCAGUCCGCUUCAAAUGUCUACGUUUUACAUCGUGGUGAUCGAGUAUGGGAUCAAAAUACAUUUGAUGAUCGAGAUAAUUACCGUCUCAAUAAGUCUGAACCUAUACAAAAAGGAGUUUUAGUACAAAUCUUUAAUGGAGAGAUUAAAAGAACCUAUUUUCCUUUCAAAUUCUUUCUUCCUCAUGGGCUUACAAUAGAUCCAGAUGGAAAUUUCUGGAUUACAGAUAUAGCUUUACAUCAAGUUUUUAAAUUCUCGUCAAAUUUAUCAAGUGAACCACUAUUAACACUUGGUGAACGUUUUAAACCUGGUUCAAGUGAAAAUCAAUUUUGUAAACCAACGGACGUAGUAGUUUCUUCAAAUGGACAAGUUUUUAUCUCCGAUGGGUAUUGUAAUAAUCGGAUUGUGAAAUUUAAUGAAAAUGGAGAAUUUCUAAAAUCAUGGGGCUACGAAACAAAAGAUUCAGAAUCUCCAGGACCAUAUAAUUUAAAUAUUCCGCAUCAGUUAUCAUUAUUGGAAGAAGAAGAUGCAAUAUGUGUGGCAGACAGAGAAAACAAACGUAUUGUAUGCUACAUAGCUGGUUUAUAUUCGACAACAUCAGAUAGUACCGGUGAUUAUCUAUUUGAGUACAAACAACGAGAGAUGAGAGCAAUCUAUGGCAUUGCCAUUGAACCUUCAACUAAAUUAAUAUUUGCUCUUGUCGGCUCUACAUCUAAUGAAGAUAAUUCAUACGUGGAAAUAAUUGAUUUUAAUUCACGAGAGUUAAUUGGUGAAAUCAGAAAUCAAUGGAAAACAGGAUUCGGUAAUGUGCAUUCUAUAACAACAUGUCCAUACAACAAAGGAAUAAGUUGUAUACUAUUCUGUAAUACAAAUCUACCAUCACAACUAAAUCAAUCGGUAUUAUCAAAUCAAACUCAAAGAAUUAAAAGUAUUUCUAAAUAUCAAGAAGAUUUCAAUAAUGAACAACUUGAACGACGUUUAUGGCUUUAUCAUUUACGAUUUAACUCUGAAUAGAAUUAUUAGAUGAAUAAAAUCAUGUUAUCAAUGUUAUAAUGGAAUAGUAAUGAUAGUCAACACAAAUAUAUGAUUUAAACAAAUCACU